AUGAGUCCGAUCACUAUGGGUUACCAACUUGUGCUCUUCUUGGUCUCAAUUGCUCUCGCACUGCUGUCUAUUGAAGGGUCCGAUUGUGUUGUGCUCGUGCAUCUUCACCCGCGCCUCGACGCGCGAAAAUUAGAGCUUUCUCCGCACCUUUCGCGUUCUGAGAGACGCGAAACAGUGCACAAAACCUUUUCCAGUGUUGUGAUUGACGUCCAGCGUAGUGUCUCUAACUUCAUCAGAAGUCAAGAUGAAGCUAACAUUUCUAUCUCGAGUCUUUGGCUACAAAACACAUUGAUAGUCAACUAUCAAGAGGUUAACAAGGAGCUAAAAAACUUUUUCAAACAAGAUCUACCAGGGUUUCCAGGGGUGGUGGAAGUGGAGGAAGAUGCUCAGAUUUUAAAACUUACUGGAGCUCAACGAGAAAAAGACAUAAAGGGGAACGAGGAGAAUGAAGCUGAAACUAAUAUUAAGCUACUUCAUGCCCCUCAAUUAUGGAAGGAAGGAAUCAAAGGGAAGAACGUGGUAGUCGCAAGCAUUGACUCGGGUGUUCGUUACACGCAUGAAGUAUUAAAGCAGUCAUUUAGAGGAACGAAGAAAGAUGGCAAAGUGAGCUUUGAUUAUUCAUUUUGGUUUACGCCGGGUACAGAUAUGUCAAAGGAGACACCGGAUACAGCCGAUGAAGUUGGUCAUGGGACCCACACAAUGGGAACAGCAGUUGGUGGAAAAGGAGUUGGCGUAGCUCCUGAUGCAACAUGGAUCACUGCGAGAGCAUUUGAUGUUUGGGGUGCAGCUAAUAAAAGUGACUUUUUGAUGGCGGCUCAAUGGGUGCUAUGUCCAACUAAAAGUGAUGGCACUGGUACAAAUUGCUCUCUUGGUGCCGAUGUCGUUACAAAUUCGUUUGGUGUGGAUCGCUCGACACCAGAAUAUCCACAUUGGACAUGGCUGGGUAAUGUUAUUGAUACAUGGCGAGCGGCCGGCGUCUACCCAGUCUUUGCAAGUGGGAAUACAAAUGGUUUUUUGUGCGGAAGUGUGUAUUAUCCUGGGAGCCAUGAAGAUACGAUAGCUGUUGGUGCAUUAAUCGGGGGAAUCUCACUUUGGGGUGCGAGUGGAAAAGGUCCAAGCAUAGAGAACGAGUAUCGCGGAGAAAAUUUGUAUGAACUACCGAAAUCGUACAUCAUCAAGCCUGACUUUGUUGCUCCUGGCGUUGGCAUUCGGUCGGCUUCAAGCGUCAAGGACAGCGCCUACAUGCGACUUACUGGAACUUCGAUGGCCACACCACACGUUGCUGGUGCUAUCGCUCUACUUCUCAGUUUGAACUAUUCGUCCGAAGUGAACGCAGUGGAAAAAUCUCCGUCUUAUGAAAAAAUUCUACUAGGUCUUGCCAAAACGACUUCGCGCAAAUUACACAAACCUUUUUUGGUCCCUAGCAAUUGUGGUAACACUUCCUAUCAUGAAUACCCGAAUAACAUCUACGGCUGGGGAAUGCCGAAUGUUUGUGCAGCAGCAAAUAGCAUGGGAUUCUUGUGCGUUGAUCUCGCUUCCAUAAUAAACCUUGUCGAUGAAAACAAAGAACGCGUUGAGAGUAUAGCGAUUGAGUGA